AUGAAUGUAGUUCUUUUUGAUCCUGAUUUAAACUUACUUUUGGCCAGUGCUUGGUCAUCUGGACAAGGUUCUGGAAGUUUUUGUGGCCAGAAUCGCCCAAACUCUUUUCGUAACACCCGAGGCCAUACCACAAAUUGCAAUUCUUACGCCCAUAACACACCUGAAGAUGGGAAUUCAUCGUCUUAUACUGCUAACAGCACUAAGGAUUGCACCCAUGUCUCCCCGGACGACAACCUUAAAUGUACCAUAGAAUCCAAUUUGAACGAUAUAUCAAACUUAAUUUGUAGACUAAUUUGUAAAAUAUCGCCGCUCGGAGUCCCUAAGUUAAAUGUAUAUUUGCUAGUGGAAAGGGAAUUUGACUUGCUCUCCACCAUUUUGUUGAACUAUAUUAAGUCCCUGUAUUCUCUGGUGGUUAUUAACAGCAUCUAUCACGGAUUUAAUCAUGAACUGGAAAUACUGCUGAAAUUGGACUUGACUAUACUCCCAAUUUGCAAUUUCAACAGCUUCAAAGAGGUCAAAAUAGUGGAUAUAGACGAUUUAGAUAGGACUGAGGCUAAUACCACCACUGGGCACAAGUUUAUAUAUUGUAGCAACAGGUUCAUUUGUAAUGAUUUCUAUGGCUCUAACUCGAACAACAGUAGCACCGGCUUAAAGAUCUCUGGCACGCACGGACUAACAGAUACUAAGCAGGUGCUAGGGGCCACUGGAAAUGGCCAAGACCUUGUACUGUAUCUUAGGAGGUUUGACAACAUCAUGUUCUGUGGCACAUUCGACUACCUGCACUACGGACAUAAGCUACUGCUUCUCUCAGCCUUUCUGUCUUGCAGUAAAAAUCUGUUCAUAGGAGUCGUUGCCUCGGACAAUUUGAUCAUGAAAAAGGCAGACUUUGAAAAGAUUCAACCCUUGGAGACGAGGAAGAAGAUGGUAAAAUCGUAUUUGAGUGAGCUUCAGCUGCUUUAUUCAAGCUCUGUUAACUUUGGUAACAGUGUUGUUGAAGCGGACUCUGAACAUGGCUCAUCAAGUAGCUCAAGCACGUAUGACUAUGUUUCCGUAGACUUUAACCUGAUUAAUACGAACAGUAGCUCCACAGAGUACCAUUCGAUAUACUCGUCUCCCAAUUAUUUUGAUCUGAAGGGUGGCACUGGUUACUCCGUUCAUACAGUAUCUUCUACCGCAAAUGUAAGGGUAGAUGAGAUACCAGCCGGCAAUGGCGUUACCAUUAACCUCUUUGAUCUGUUUGAUGUUGUGGGCCCAUCAAACAAGUUGACUGAAAAGUUCGGCCUAGUAGUUACCCCUGAACUGAUAAAGAACGGACAAUAUGUGAAUGAAGAGAGGAUGAGGUUGAACCUGGUACCGUGGGAUCUAAUAGUAGUUGGCCUAGUCUGUUAUCUAAAGGGAGAUAAGUUGAUAAAGUUAUCGUCUUCAUCAAUUCGCAGUGUAAUAUAA